AUGGUGACUAAAUCAAAGAAGUUUGAAGAUCACAAACAUCGGGACAAACGAUCCAGGGAGAAGUCCCCUUCCCCAGUGGAAGUCUCUGAAGUAAGUGCUGCUGAUGCUUAUAGAAUGUCAGACAUUGAUCCUUCUAUGGAGAAAUGGUAUAAGCCUGCAGAUGCUGCCGUAACUAUGGUCGCUUUUAUUGCUCGUUUCUAUUAUAUCUGGUAUCCAAACGAAGUUGUGUUUGACGAGGUUCAUUUUGGUAAGUUUGCUUCUUACUAUUUGCAGAGAACAUUCUUUUUUGAUUUGCAUCCUCCAUUUGCCAAGUUGUUGAUCGCUCUAGUCGGAUACCUUGCUGGCUAUGAUGGAAGCUUCAAAUUUGACACCAUUGGUGACAGUUAUUUGCAGCACUCUGCUCCGUACAUUCCAAUGCGUGCUCUUUCUGCUGUUCUUGGUACAUUGACUGUGCCCCUCAUCUUCAAUACAAUGAAAGAAUGCGGCUAUUCAGUACUUACCUGUAUUUUUGCUUCUGCUAUUGUUGCACUUGAUAAUGCCCAUGUAGCAGAAACGAGGCUAAUUCUACUAGAUUCUACCCUCAUUUUCUCAAUUGCUGCGUCUAUCUACUGCUACGUUCGCUUUUAUAAGUUGAGAAGGGAACCUUUCUCAAGCAAGUGGUAUCUAUGGUUAUUUCUCACUGGUGUCGCUCUUUCGUGCGUUAUUUCCACCAAAUAUGUUGGUAUUCUCACAUACUGCUCUGUCGGUGUGGCCGUCGCUUAUGAUCUAUGGCAACUACUUGACAUCAAGAAGGGUCAUUCCAUGACGGAGUUUGUCAAACACUUUAUGGCACGGUUCCUACUGUUGAUUGUUGUUCCAUUCAUUAUCUAUUUGUUUUGGUUCUACAUUCAUUUUGCUAUUUUGACGAAAUCUGGCCCCGGCGAUGGAUUUAUGACUCCGGAGUUUCAAGAGACUUUGGGAGAUUCUCGGUUGGCACGAGAGGCAAGAGGCGUGUUCUACCACGACGUUGUCACUAUCAAACAUAAGGAUACAGAAUGUCUCUUGCACUCGCAUGACUUCAAAUAUCCUUUGCGUUACGAGGACGGUCGUGUUUCUUCCCAGGGUCAGCAGGUGACUUGUAUGUCCGACUAUAACGAUACCAACAACUAUUGGGAGCUACUACCCAAAAUUCCAUUUGGUGAGGGACAUGAGGAUAAUCAUCUGGUCAGACAGGGUGACACUUUCCGCCUCAAGCACGUCAAUACCAACGGUUAUUUGCUUACGCACGAUGUCGCAUCCCCGCUUUUUGCUACAAACGAGGAGUUUACCGUGAUCCCAGAGGCCGACUUAAAUGUAAGCACCAACGUCAAUGACACCCUAUUCAAAUUCGACCCAUUUGACAAGAAGCCUGCUCAGUCGUUGAAGACGAAAGCCUCCAUUUUUAAGAUUUUGCACGUUCCUAGUGUGGUGGCCAUGUGGACACAUAAUGAUAAGUUGCUUCCAGAUUGGGCCUUCAAUCAGCAGGAAGUCAAUGGUAACAAAAAGUUGACUGAAAGUUCUAACUACUGGACUAUUGACAGCAUUAUUGGAUUGACAGGUCUCAGAGCUGUUUACGUUCCCAAGAAAAUUAAAACUAUGUCAUUCUUGAAGAAGUGGUGGCAAUUGCAGCUGACUAUGUUCUCCCAAAACAACAAGUUGAGUGCAGAUCAUCCGUUUGCAUCUCAGCCUCAAGAGUGGCCUAUGUGUAUGUCUGGUGUCUCUUUCUGGACCAACAACGAUAAACGACAGCAGAUAUUCUUCUUUGGUAAUAUACCUGGGUGGUGGAUGGAGUGCAUUCUCAUGUCAGCAUUCAUGGCAAUAAUUAUAGUGGAUCAAAUCACCUGCAGAAGGGGAGUUCAUAUUCUCAGGGACCGCUCCAGAGCGCGUCUCUAUCUUAACAUAGGAUUCUUCUUCUCUGCAUGGGCAUGCCAUUAUUUGCCGUUCUUCCUCAUGCAUAGGCAAAAAUUUUUACACCAUUACCUACCGGCCCAUCUCUUAGCUGCUUUGUUUUCCGGUGGAAUGCUUGAAUUUUUGUUCACUGAUAACAGAAACCCUGAAUAUGCUAAGGAUAAACCUGAAAAGGAAUUGGGUAAGAUACAGCUUGCCAUUUACGCUGGAACCGUGGCUGGAUUACUUUCAGUUUUGACAUGUGCAUUCAUCUUCUUUGCUCCGGUCACCUACGGUAACGUCUCACUAACAGCUGACGAAGUGCGCGCCAGACAGUUUAUGAACAUGAAGUUACACUUCUCCAAAUGA